GUUGGUGUAGAAGAUCUGUCCUUGGAUGGAAGAUCAGGGUUGGCGUAGAUCUGUCCUGGGGUGGAAGAUCUAAUUGAGAGUGGAAGAUCUGUUCCUGGGUGUGGAAGAUCGUUGUUGGAGUGAAACAUCUGUCCUGGGAUGGAAGAUCUGUCCUGUAGUGCAGUAGAUCGGGGAAGGAGGGUCCAGUAUGUGCUCCUCGGUUAAGUACAACAGCCGGGGUCCCGUCCUGAUCCCCAGAAUGAAGUCCAAGCACAGAGUGUACUACAUCGCCCUCUUCUCGGUGGUGCUCCUGGGCCUCAUCGCCACCGGCAUGUUCCAGUUUUGGCCUCACACCAUCGAGCCGUCCAGCGACUGGAGCCCCGAGGAGCAGAGCGUCCAGGACGUCCCCGCCGUCAGGCUCCCCGAGGACAGCCCGCUGCCGGAGCGCGGGGACCUGAGCUGCCGCAUGCACACCUGCUUCGACGUCUACCGCUGCGGGUACAACCCCAAGAACAAGGUGAAGGUUUACAUCUACCCCCUGAAGAAGUACACGGACGAGUACGGGGGCUCGGUGGGCAGUACCAUCUCCCGGGAGUACAACCAGCUGCUCACCGCCGUGUCGCAGAGUGAGUUCUACACGGAGGAUGUGAGCCGAGCCUGCCUCUACCUCCCUUCCAUCGACGUCCUCAAUCAGAAUAAUCUGCGCAUUAAGGAGACGGCACAGGCCUUGGCACAACUCCUAAGGUGGGAUCGAGGGACCAAUCACUUACUGUUUAACAUGUUACCCGGAGGUCCCCCCGAUUAUAACACUGCCCUGGACGUACCUAGAGACAGAGCGGUGUUGGCCGGCGGAGGAUUCUCAAUGUGGACUUACCGCCAGGGAUAUGACGUCAGCAUUCCCGUCUACAGUCCUCUGUCUGAAGUGAACCUACCUGAGCGGGCCCCAGGCCCCCGGACCUUCUUCCUCCUCUCCUCACAGACGGCUCUGCACCCUGAGUUCCGUGCCGAUCUGGAGGCGAUCCGAGCGGAAAACGUUGAGUCGGUGGUGAUCCUGGAUAAGUGCAGUAACCUGUCUGAUGACGCGUCGCCACAUCGGAAACGCUGCAAUAAGAAUAUUGUCUACGACUACCCGCAAGUUCUUCAGGAGGCCAAAUUCUGCCUCGUCUUCCGCGGCGCCCGCUUGGGACAAACGGUUCUCAGUGACGUCCUUCAGGCUGGUUGUGUCCCCGUUAUCCUGGCCGACUCCUACGUACUGCCCUUCUCUGAGGUGCUGGACUGGAAGAGGGCGUCGGUGGUGAUUCCAGAAGAGAAGAUCUUGGAGAUGAUCAGCAUUCUGCAGGGAGUUUCUCAGAGACAAGUGGAGGAAAUGCAGAGACAGGCUCGCUGGUUCUGGGAAGGUUACUUUAGGUCAAUGAAGACCAUCGCCUUGACCACACUUCAAAUCAUCAAUGACCGGAUCUAUCCGUAUGCUUCAAGAUCCUAUGAAGAAUGGAAUGACCCCCCUUCUGUGAAGUGGAGCAGCGUGAACAACCCUCUCUUCCUGCCGCUGAUCCCACCCCAGUCCCAAGGCUUUACGGCCGUGGUCCUGACGUACGACCGCAUCGAGAGCCUCUUCCGGGUCAUUACCGAGGUGUCCAAAGUCCCCAGUCUUUCCAAACUACUGGUCGUGUGGAAUAAUCAGAAUAAGGACCCACCUGAAGAAUCCCUCUGGCCCAAGAUCCGGGUGCCCCUGAAGGUGGUCCGGACACAAGAGAACAAGUUGAGCAAUCGCUUUUUUCCUUACGAUGAGAUUGAAACCGAAGCCGUCUUGGCCAUCGAUGAUGACAUCAUCAUGCUGACAUCUGAUGAGCUACAGUUUGGAUAUGAGGUUUGGCGGGAGUUUCCUGACCGGCUGGUGGGCUACCCGGGUCGUCUCCAUCUGUGGGACCACGAGAUGAACAAGUGGAAAUAUGAGUCGGAGUGGACCAAUGAGGUGUCUAUGGUGCUAACUGGCGCCGCUUUCUAUCACAAGUAUUUCAACUACAUGUACACCUACAAAAUGCCGGGAGAUAUUAAGAGCUGGGUGGACGCACACAUGAACUGCGAAGACAUCGCUAUGAACUUCCUUGUUGCCAAUGUAACAGGGAAAGCUCCUAUUAAGGUCACGCCAAGGAAGAAGUUUAAAUGUCCAGAAUGCACUGCGAUCGACGGCCUAUCCCUGGACCAGACGCACAUGGUGGAAAGGUCAGAAUGCAUUAAUAAAUUCGCCAGCGUCUUUGGCACCAUGCCCCUGAAGGUGGUGGAGCACCGGGCAGACCCCGUCCUGUACAAAGACGACUUCCCCGAGAAGCUGAAGAGUUUCCCCAACAUCGGCAGCUUGUGAUUGGGGGGAGGGAGCGGUCUGCCCCUCCUCCUCUCUGAUGACAUCACAGUGCACCUUGCAGGCAGAGCUUCAUCCCUCCGCACGGCUAUCGAUCUUCACCCUUCGUUUUCCUUCCAUCUCAAGGACUUCCUCCAGAGACGUUUUCGGACAUUAUUUAUGGACGCCGCCGUUACAUCAACGAGCUUUUAUAGUAUCCGGAGCACAUCUGUCGUCUUCUCAUCCGAAGAACUCUCAGUAACGGUUUUCCCCGUCAAAGUUGCGCUCACGUGGCACCGAGCCGAGGGGGAGGAGUUACUGCGUAGUGCGGUUAUUUGCCUUUUGGAAUUGGCAGUACAGCGGAACCUUGGAUAACGAGUAACGCGCUUAACCAGCAACUUUAAAAAAAAAAAAUCCUGACUCGGUUUUGCGAGUGUUGUCUCCCGAAACAAGCAGAAUUCAAUCUAAUGGGGUGUGCAGUACUGCAUUUGGCCAGAGGUGCGGGGGCGCCGGUGACACUCGGAAAGGUUCGGAGCCGCUCGGAAUCACUUGGAAAUACUCAGUUUCCGAGCCUUUCUGAAGGUUUCCGCAAUCAGCCAAGCUGUUUCCAACUAUCUCUGAGCCUUGCUGAAGGUUUCCGAGAUCAGUCGAGCGGUCUCCAAGCCUUUUCAAAUGUUUCCGAGAUCAGCCGAGCUGUUUCUGAGUAUUUCCGAGGGCUUCCGAGAUCAGUCGAACUGUCUUCAAGCCUUUUCGAAGGUUUCUGAGAUCAGCCGAGCUGUUUCCGAGCCUUUCUGAAGGUUUCCGCAAUCAGCCGAGCCGUUUCCAACUAUCUCCAAGCCUUUCUGAAGGUUUCUGAGAUCAGCCGAGCAAUCUCCGAGCCUUUCCAAGGGCUUCUGAGAUCAGUCGAGCUGUUUCUGAGUAUUUCCGAGCCUUUCCGAGGGCUUCCGAGAUCAGUCGAGCUGUCUCUGAGCCUUUCCGAGGGCUUCCGAGAUCAGUCGAGCUGUCUCCGAGCCUUUUCGAAGGUUUCCGAGAUCAGCCGGGCUGUUUCCGAGUAUUUCCAAGCCUUUCUGAAGGUUUCCACAAUCAGCCAAGCUGUUUCCAACUCUCUCUGAGCCUUUCUGAAGGUUUCCGAGAUCAGUCGAGCUGUCUCUGAGCCUUUCCGAGAUCAGUCGAGCUGUCUCCGAGCCUUUUCAAAGGUUUCCGAGAUCAGCCGAGCUGUCUCUGAGCCUUUCCGAAGGUUUCCGAGAUCAGCGAGCUGUUUCCGAGUAUUUAUGAGCCUUUCUGAAGGUUUCCAAGAUCAGCCAAGCUGUCUCUGAGCCUUUCUGAAGGUUUCCGAGAUCAGUCGAGCUGUCUCCGAGCCUUUCCGAGGGCUUCCGAGAUCAGUCGAGCAGUCUCCGAGUCUUUCCGAAGGUUUCCGAGAUCAGUCGAGCUGUCUCUGAGCCUUUCCGAGGGCUUUUGAGAUCAGCCAAGCUCUGUCCCCGAGUAUUUCCGAGAUCACCCGAGCUGUCCCCCGAAUAUUUCCAAGGCUCUCCGGCGCCCCCCCCCCACCUCUGGCCACAUGUGGUAUUGCAUGUCAUAUAAAUCUUUGUUUCCAUGGACUUCUAUGGGGAACCUCGUGUUGAUAUGCAAGUGUUUGGAUAACAAGCAUUCUCCUGGAACGGAUCAUACUCGUAAUCCGAGGUUCCACUGUAUUGCCCAAUUUGCCUUCACAAAUCUGACAUCAGAUUCUGACAAUAAAAAAAGAAAAGCUUUGGGUAUUAAUGUUUCUAUUUCAUGUAACAUUGUAUCGUUUUCUUCUCCAUUCAUUUCAGUUGUGUUUUUUUUGCCUUUUUGUACAUCCAUUUCUCAAUCGCAACAAAGGAUCCAAAUCCACUUUGUGUGAAGCAAACCUAAGACUUCACCUUUGGAAAGUGGCAGUGAUGUCAUAGCCUGAGCAGAGCUGUGGGAGGGACCCGAGAUCCUUCCCUAACGCGUUUCGCCCCCUCCUGGGACUCAGUGGUAUUCUGGUCACAAAACCAUUUAUUUUAAAAAGAUUCCUCAAUAGCCAUCAGUGUAGCAGCGACAUCAUCCCUGUCCUCUACAUGGCCUGUGCAGAGAGAAAGCUGUGGGAGGGACUCCAGAGCCUCUCACGAACGCGUUUCACCCCCCCCCCCUUUUUUUUUAAGAAUUGAACACCUCUUUUGGCACUAAUACCUGAGACUCUCUGGACACAGUCUACACCACGGGACUCACUAACAUAACACCUGUGGUCAGGGCCGUUUUUAAUAGACGCGCACACUGAAAUAUUUUGUUUCCUUUUCGUCCGAAAAAUAAAUGUAUUUAGUUACUUUA